UAGUUUGACCGUCGGUCAACGUCCACUAUUGGGCCCCACCUCUAUUUCCUUUUCCCGCUCCUCCCAACGUUCAGUUGUGAGUUGCCAGUACCCCCUUUCUCUCUCUAGAAAAAAAAUGUACGGACACACUUGGCGACCCCAGCGCGGCGGCGUUCGCGGCGGCGGUGGUUGGGGAUCGGAGUCGGCGCGAGCUCUAGAGAGAAUCGAGCGGGCGGUGGUGAAAUCUCAGACCGAUAUUCUGGCGAAGGGGGAAAACGUGUCGGCUUGGAAAGUGUCGCAGGCGGCGCUGUUGACUCUUCAAGCCUAUUCGUGGGACUCUCUGGGGUUUCCGAUGCAGCAAGUUCCGUCGCUCUUCAGAAUUAUGGUCAUCGAAGGAAAGGUUAAUUCAUUUAUCCAUUGCUUUGUUGGGGUUCAACGAAUUACAACGUUGUACGAUUUGGAGGUGGCAAUCUGUGAUAGCGAGGGUGUUCGGCGGUUUGAAGAACUAGAGUUGGGGCCUUUGUUGCAGCAUCCUCUAGUCCAGCAUUACUUUUCUGUUGGAUCUGAUGUCGCAGAAGUAUUCAAGAUAACAACCCAAGAAGUUAUUUCGUACCUCGGUUUACUCAUUUGGAGAAAUAAAAACAUAACUCCUGAUGAUUUAUUGGAUUUUAUUUCCAAGAGGAAGAAGCAAGUAAAAGAAACCCUCUGUCUACGCAUCCAGAGUUUAGGGAUGCAUAUCAGACAUAUCAUGAAUGUUAGACGAUCUGAAAAAGCCUCAAUUAUGAAAUGUCUUGACGGAUUGGAAGUGAAAUAUGAGAACAAAGAUUUUGUCCAUGACGAAGAUGGGGAUGACGAUGAACAUGAAGACAGUAUGGAUGUGCGGAGUUCUGGCAAGACCUCACCGGAGAAUCUGAAUAUGGAUAAAAACAAUGUACAAUGUUCUGGUCUAAUAACAGCUGAAGAAAAUGCAUGGGUCGGUUCUUUAUCUUCUCGUGGCAGCAUUAGUACCAAUGACAAUAAUGCGACAGCAAAAAAACCUGAAAGUUUAAGGUUCACCAUCGCAUCAUUCCACGAGACACCUAUAACAAUGCCUGAUGGAAGCAGGGUUCUACCUGGAUUUUUUUGUGAGAAUAUGGACUCAGGGUUCAGAUAUAAGAAGGAAGUUGAUGGUUUUACGAGAAUGUUCAUAAAGAUCUGGACAGAUACAUGUAGGGACAAGAAUGUUGAUGAGGUUUUCGAGGAGAUGGUUGAUUAUUAUUCGAAGAAGAAGAAGAAGAAUACGAAGAAAAAGAGGGGGAAUUCAAAGUUUUCAAAGUACCCAUACGUUGGAUUGCUAAAUGUUGCUAUUGCAUCUAUUAAGUUUGGGAUGUGGAAUAGUACAUCUGAAGCUUCUCAAGCUUCCAGCCGACAAGGGGUAGAAAACACAACUCCAGAGAAUCAUGCAGGUUAUGCAAUACAAGAGGUUGAGGCUGCUAAGCACACCUCUCUGGGUCAGAAUGGUGUUUUUGUGGAAGAUAUAUUGAAGAACAUUUCUGCACACUUGGGGACUGUUGAUGAGUUCCUAGACAAUGAAAAUCCUGCUCUUCAAAAGUUGAUCUUCUUUAGGAAGCUUUACAAGUGCGAAUGUUGGCUAGCUGAACAACUUUCUGUUAAGGACUUUGAAUCCCUUGGUUUUGGGGAUUUUUGUACGUUUUUAGCCAAACAUGUAACCCUAUUACCUCAUGCAUGUCAGAAAUACUUAUUGACUGAUGGCACUAAUGGGAAGCCUUCUUUCGAAGCCUGCAUGAGCCAACAUCAUUUGGGUAUAUUCUUAUCACAAGCUUCAGCUAGCUUAAGCGAAAAUGAGUGUUUAAGCAAGCAGAAAGUAUCUGAGUUUCUUAUGAUGCAAUUCCCUUCAGUCUGUUUUACAUUAUUGGGAAAUGGUUCUGCUCAAAAUACUCUGGAUAUCAUGAGAGAUAGCAAAACCGGCACAGGCUCCAGCACCGUCUUAUUUUCUGCAACUUUAACUGCGCAUCAUGACGAGAAAUGUCUCUCUGAUUCUCAUCUAACUGCCAAAGAUGCCCUUGAAGUCUUAUGUAGUGCUCCAAUGUUGAUAGACUUAAAUUCGUGGUCAUUUUGGGACUUAAAGUUUGCUCCUUCUCUAGGACCACUAGUAAACUGGUUAUUGAACGAGGUCAAGACAAAAGAGCUUCUGUGUUUGAUAACUAAAGGUGGGAAAGUUUUGCGUCUUGAUCAUUCUGCUACUGUGGAGUCAUUCUUAGAAGUUUUUGUUAAAGGAUCCUCCUUCCAAACAGCAGUGAAGCUUUUGUCAUUGCUUGCGCUGUAUGGGGGUGAACACAAAGUUCCCACUUCUCUUUUGAAAUGCCAUGCAGAUAAAGCUUUAGAAAUCCUUGUUAAGAGUUCUACCGAAGGGAAUGUUGGGAAGAAGUAUCUUUUCAGUGAGAUAACGAAAAGCAAAAGUGAAUUUAACAAAGCAAUUCCUCUUGUAUCAAGAUUUAUCCUCGAGUGCCUUGGUUAUCUUCCUGAGGAAUUCCGUACCUUUGCUGCAAAUUUAUUGCUCCCAGGGUUUCGAGCUAUCGCCCCUGAUGCUUCUUCAGCAAUUUUGGCUGAAUGCAAACACAAAGAGGACCGUCUGAUGCUUCAUGAGUUAGGAUCAUCACUAGCUAUACUUGAGUGGAUUGGUGAUUGCAGUAACUUCUGUUUGUCCCUAUCCAGUGAGUCAUCUGAUUUUCAUGGAGAGAAAGAUACAUCUUGCAGUUUUACUUGUCCCGAAGAUGAAGUUAUUCUAUCCGUUGACGCGGACAGGCAUAAUGUAGAAUUUAAGCAAGACCAAGCUAUGGCCAAUAGAGCUGAAGUUUCUGAUUGUAGUUCCAGUAGUGACUGCAUUCAGCAUUUAUCUGGGCUACAGAGAGAGAAGGAUUCAACAAUUGUUAUUGAGUCGAUUAGGCGUGAAGAAUUUGGUCUGGACACAAAUCUUUCGGCCUCAGAAAGUAGCAUUCUACAGAAGCAACAUGCUCGCUUAGGUAGAGCACUCCAUUGUCUCUCACAAGAGUUAUAUUCUCAAGACUCACAUUUUCUUCUCGAGCUUGUUCAGAAUGCCGAUGAUAAUGUUUACCCAAGAAAUGUGGAACCAACUCUGUCUUUCAUUCUUCUAGAGGAAGGCAUUGUUGUUUUGAAUAAUGAACAAGGUUUUUCAACUGAGAACAUCAGAGCACUUUGUGAUGUUGGAAAUUCAACAAAGAAGGGAUCUAAUGCUGGAUACAUUGGGAAGAAAGGGAUCGGCUUUAAAUCAGUUUUUCGGGUUACAGAUGCUCCAGAAAUUCAUUCUAAUGGAUUUCAUAUCAAGUUUGAUAAAAGUGAGGGCGAGAUUGGUUUUGUUUUGCCAACAAUAGUGCCUGCCUGUGAUGUUGACUUGUUUAGCAAUCUGGUAACCAAAGAUACUGAUCAAAAUGAUAGGCACUUUUGGAAUACAUGCAUUGUACUUCCUUUUAGAUCAAAGUUUACAGAAGCUUCUGCCACUGACAACAUCGUUUCUAUGUUUUCUGAUCUUCAUCCCUCUUUGCUACUUUUCCUCCAUCGCCUUCAAUGUAUCAUGUUCAGAAACAUGCUCACAAAUUCAUGUAACAUCAUGAGGAAAGAAGUUAUUGGAGAUGGAAUUAUAAAUAUUUCCUUUGGGAAGGAGAAGUUGACGUGGUUCGUGGAAUCUCGAAAAUUACAAGCUGCGCUCACUCGCCAUGAUGCUCAAAUGACUGAAAUCUCGAUAGCAUUUGCAUUGGAGGAAUCGACUGAUGGGAAUUACACUCCGAAGAUGGAGCAGCAGUGCGUUUUUGCAUUUCUUCCACUACGGACAUACGGUCUAAAAUUUAUCAUCCAAGGUGAUUUUAUACUUCCUUCUUCCAGAGAAGAAGUUGAUGGAGAUAGCCCAUGGAACCAGUGGCUAUUAUCAGAGUUCCCAAACUUGUUUAUUAGUACAGAGAAAUCUUUCUGUAGCCUCCCUUGUUUUGAAAAUAAUCCAGGAAAAGGUGUUUCGGCUUUUAUGAGCUUCGUUCCCUUAGUAGGAGAAGUGCAUGGGUUUUUUUCUAGUCUCCCUCGGAUUAUUAUAUCCAAGUUAUGUACAUCAAACUGCCUGCUUUUAGAAGGAGACAACAAUACAUGGGUUCCUCCACACAAGGUUCUUAGAAGCUGGAAUGAACAAGUUCGGACUCUUUUGCCGGAUAGUUUGAUUGCAGAACUCCUUGGCCUUGGAUACUUGCAUAAGGAUAUAAUUCUAUCAGACUCUUUAGCAAGGGCACUUGGAAUUGAAGAAUAUGGACCAAAAAUCUUGCUUCAGGUAAUUUCUUCCUUGUGCCAUACAGAUGGAGGCAUCAAAUCGAUGGGCCUCACUUGGUUAUCUUCUUUCCUUAGUGCCUUGUAUGAAAUGUCAUUUCAAGAUUCCAGGCAAAGUUCUGUAGAUUUUGGGACUGACUCUGAUGCUAUAAAUAGGCUCAGGAAAAUUCCAUUUAUUCCUCUUUUGAAUGGUAAAUAUGGGUCGAUUAGUGAGGGUACAAUUUGGUUGAACAUUGAUGCAAUGAGCAGUAAAAUGGAUAAUGAGUAUGGCCUUGAAGCUUUUCCAAAUUUGUUUGCCGAACUUCGAAUUGUUGACCCCACCCUUUUCAGUUGUUCUAUAGUUGGGAACUUAUGUCAGAUGCUUUACAAAGUUGGUGUCCAACGUUUAUCAGCACAUGAAAUUGUAACAGUACAUGUUUUGCCAGCUAUUUCUGAUGAAAAACUUAUCAGCGAGAAUAAAGGUUUAAUGUGUGAGUACCUUUCGUACAUAAUGGUUCACUUACAAUCAAGUUGCCCAAAGUGUUCUGUUGAGCGGCAGCAGAUAAUCUCAGAAGUUCACAAUAAAGCUCUUAUUUUAACAAAUCAUGGCUACAAACGACUGUCUGAGGUGCCAAUCCAUUUCAAUAAGAAGUUUGGUAAUCCCAUUGAUGUAGAAAAGUUGAUAAACGGCAUUGACGUGAAAUGGUUCGAGGUUGAGAUAAUUUAUUUGAAAUAUCCAGUUCACAAAUCUAGGGGAAUGCCGAAGUGGAGGAAAUUCUUGAAAGAAGUAGGCGUCACUGAUUUUGUGCAAGCAUUUCAAGUUGAGAAGACAGUUGUCAAUAUUUCCCAUGUGUCAGAGAAAGAGAUGUUUUCUCCAGAGUCAACUAUCAAAGAUUGGGAAUCUCAGGAGUUAGUUCAUUUGCUAUCUCGAGUAUGCUCAAGUGGUGAUCGGGAAAGGUGCAAGCAUCUUUUGCAGGUUAUUGAUACACUGUGGGAUGAUUAUUUCAGUGAUAAGGUUACUGCUCUUUGCAAUAUCAAAGGGAAACUCAAACCUUUCAAGUCGUCCUCACUAGUUAGCAUCCUAAAUGAUUUUAAGUGGGUAGCUUCGAGUGUCGAUGAUGAACUUCACUACCCUGGAGACUUGUUCCAUGAUUGUGAAGCAGUGCGUUCGAUUUUGGGUGAUUGUGCACCAUAUGCUGUUCCAAAGGUGCAAAAUGAGAAGCUGCCAAAUCAUAUUGGUUUCAAAACUCGUGUUACACUUGGAGACACUUUAUCAGUUCUUGAAGUUUGGAGAAGAUCUGGAACCCCUUUCAAGGCUAGCAUAUCACAAAUUUCCAACUUCUAUACAAUCAUUUGGAAAGGAAUGGCAACUAAAAAGCAGGAAAUUGUGGAGAAUCUGAGCUCUGGAGCUUUUGUAUUUGUUCCAUUUUCAUCUCCUUCUACUACUGAACAAGUUGUUCCUGGUGUGCUCUUAUCCCCUAAAGAAGUGUAUUGGCAUGACAAUACUGGUUCUGUGGACCAAAUUAAGAUCAUCCGUCCUAAGAAAGACUUCGAUGCGGUUCAUCAGCCUCUAACGAAAAUGUUAAGCAAUAUUUAUCCGGACCUUCACGACUUAUUUGUGAAUGAUUGUGGAGUAAAUGAGAACCCUUCCCUUCUUGGCUACGUUCAGAUUUUGCUUGAGUUAUCUACUGUAACCACUCCAUCACAAGCAGCUAAAAGCGUUUUUCGAGUUUUCUUGGAAUGGUCUGAUGGACUCAAAUCUGGAAUAUUAAAUUCCAGUGAUGUUGAGUGCUUGAAAGUCACUCUUGAGAGAAAAGAUUCCACGAUUCUGCCCACGUCACAAGACAAAUGGGUUUCUCUACAUUCUUCCUUUGGCAUUGUGUGUUGGUGUAAUGAUGAGGAGAUGGCAAAUGAGUUUGAGGGUUUGAACAUUAUUGACUUUCUUCAUUUAUGUGAGCUAUCUGAUGAUGAAAAAGAGACGAUUCAUGCAAAGGUAUCUGUCGUCAUGCAAAGGCUAGGGAUCCCUUCCCUUUCAGAGCUUAUUACUCGCGAAGCAAUAUGUUAUGGUGCAGCAGAUAGUAGUUCUAAAACUUCAUUGGUCAGCUGGGCUCUUCCUUAUGCUCAGCGGUACAUUUACAACGCGCAUCCUGAUAGAUAUUUUCAACUGAAGCUCUCUGGAUUUGAAAACCUGAAUCGUCUGCGUAUUGUUGUCGUUGAGAAGUUGUUCUUUAGGAAGGUCAUAAAGAGAUCUAAAAUUGCGUCUAAGCAGCGAUUUGAAUGCAACUGUCUUCUACAGGGUGACAUGUUGUAUACAACCCCAGAAUCAGAUUCACACUCGAUAUUCAUGGAGCUUUCUUCCUUCCUGCUUGAGGGUAUUCCUCAACUGCACUUGGCAAAUUUUCUUCACAUGAUCACAACUAUGGUAGAAUCAGGUUCCUCGAAUGAGAAGAUCGAAAUUUUCAUUUCGAAUAGCCAGAAGAUGCCGAAACUCCCAAGCGAAGAAUCAGUCUGGUCACUUCAAUCCACGCUCGGCCCCACAGAUAAUGAAGUCACCCCAACCUCACCCCGUGUUUCAAGAAUGACUGAUGAGCGAAGAAGCGGGUCGAAAUCCAGAAGAAAAUCAGGAACCAAUCAAAACUGGCCACCUGUCAAUUGGACAACCGCUCCUAAGUUGGGUUCCUCCACUGCAAAUGUGUCGAACAUCCAAACAUUACGUUGGCAGCAAAAGGGACAUGCUGAAAAUACUGCAAAGCAAACAAAUGUUAGCUCAUCUAGUUGUGAAAGCAAUAUGGAUGCUGUAGAGAGUGAAAACGUUUCUGCCGAUGUAGUUACUGAAUCUGACGACCCGAAUUGUGAAUUAUCGAACGUUACCAUAAGAGAGAAACUAUUUUUUGGCAUGACAAAUGGUCGACAGGCAUUUUCGACUGGGAGAAAAGGAGAGAUGGUAGCUUUCAAGCAUCUCUCUUCGAAAGUUGGUGAGAAAGAAGUCGUAAAAUGGGUGAAUGAAGUGAAGGAGAGUGGACUGCCAUACGACAUUGUUGUAGGUGGAGAUGAAGAGGGUGGUGGGGAAUACAUUGAAGUUAAAGCAACGGACUCUACGAAGAAAGACUGGUUUGAAAUAUCGGUGGGCGAGUGGAAGUUUGCAGUCGAAAAAGGCGAAUCUUUUAGUAUUGCGCAUGUUGCUCUAUUGGGUGAAGAUAAGGCUAAGAUUACUAUGUACAGAAAUCCAGUAAGAUUGUGCAGACUAGGCCAGCUCCAGUUGGCUGUUGUGAUGGUACAUCAGCAAAAGGAUGCAUCCAUUACCCAUGCAUAAUAAAUACACUGAUUAUGUGUGUUUGGCUGAUCUGUAAUUAUACCGGACGACUAUUUAUGUUUCAAGUUUUGUACAGUUUAUUGCCUCGGGAAAAAUGUCGAAGCGUAAAGAUUUUGUGGUUGUAUAUGUAAUAAUAUGUUUAUAUAUAGGUACAUGUAUAUUGAUUUCCUUGUUUGUGAUGAAGACUUUACAUAAUGUGUCAGAUAUCGCAUAAAAGCUUUAGACAAUGUUAUAAA